ACAAUCGUUUGUGUUCUGCUGCUUUUGUUGUUGUUAUGAUGAUGGCGGGAUGCAAGCAUUGAGUUAGAGCUUCUAAACUGUACACAUAUUUCCAAAUUAUAUUGUGCCUCUUUACACACGAUGCCUCCCGUAAAAUUCGAAAGGAUUGUUAGCUGCAGUAGUGAAGAUCCUGCCCACCCAUCCAAAAACUUACUAUUUGGGAGAGAAUUCAAUCGUAAAUGGAAAUGCAAGGAAGGGGGAGAAGAAAGUGCUACAGUCAUCAUUCAACUUUCUCAGCCCUACAUUUUAACUGGCAUUGAUAUUGGCAAUGAAAGCUCCUCUUUCGUCGAAGUGUUAGUCAGCCGAACUAGUUCACCUGAUGAUUAUCAGGUAUUACUUGGUAUGUCCUCCUUCAUGACACCUAUGGAUGCCCGGAAUGAAGGCAGUAACAGGAAUCGAGUGCGAAUGUUUACAACAGAUAAUUUAUCAGAUUCUGUAAGAACAGAAAAGUGGGAUCGUAUAAAGGUUGUUUGUACCCAGCCUUUCAAUAAACAUCUACAAUAUGGCCUUUCUUUUAUUGUGUUGCACACUACUGAAGCAAAGCAAGAUGUGAGAUGUAAUUCUCCCAGUAAGACUCUGGGACGUUUUGCUUUAAAAGGUGAUGAUGAAACUGAUAUUAGCAUUGGAAGUUUUUUCUCAAGGCGCAAAGACCUACAAGCAUCCCCUCCUCCAUCUCCUGUUAAUCUUAAAGGAGCAGCUGCUGUCAGAGAUGCAUCAUCCCCUGCUAAUUUAGCAGAGCAAAAGAAUAAAAAACGAAAAGGAAGUGAUGACUCAACUGACUCUCAAAAAAAAAAACGUGGUAGACCUACGAGAAGUCCAGACACAAAGAAUACAAAUGGAAGUCCACUUUUAGCUGAACACAAGCAAUUAAAAUAUGAUGCAGACAAAAAAGACAAAUGGGAUGAUAAAGGAAAAGCCAAUUCUGACAGAGGUAGUACCCCAAGUAGUAAGAAGAAAAAGGCUACAACCCAUACUGAUACUGCAGGACCUUCAAGCUCAGCUGGAGAUGUCUUAUCCAAAGAUCAAUCUAAUGUGAAGAAAACUGUAGAUGCUAGUACGAAUGUUACUUAUAAACCGUUCAAUAAGCUUUUUGAAGGUGUAGGCAUUGUUAUUAGUGGAUAUGAAAACCCUGGAAGAUCUCAAUUUAGAGACAGGGCUCUUGCAAUGGGAGCAACAUAUAGUCAGAAUUGGAAUAACUCCACUAGUACUCACCUCAUAUGUGCUUUUACAAGCACACCAAAGUACAGAGAAGUAAGAGGAAAGGCCAUUAUUGUAACUCGUGAAUGGGUUGAUGAUUGUUUUCAAGAACGGAAGAAAUUAUCAUGGAGAAGAUAUGCAUUAGACAAAAGUGAGCAAAAGGAUGCAAACAGCUCACCAGAACCUGAGGUCUGGGAACUUAUUCCGGACAUGUGUCCUCAGAAUAGUUCCCCUUUGCCUCCAGCUAGUCGUCGAAACAGUGUUGCUAUUCAAGACACAAGAGUAGGUUCUGAGUCUGAAGAUUCAGAAGAUGAAAUAGAAAGAAUUAAGGCAAAGAAAAAAUUAAAAACAGAGAAACUUGAAAUAGAAAAAAAACAAGUUACUAAGGAAAACAGUAAAAAGACAUCAGAAGGAAAGAAGGACCAACAAAAACCAAAAGAUGAUCGGUACAACUGUAGUACUGACAUUGACAGUGAGGAAGAAGCUGAAACUAGGCUGACUAAGUGGUCAGCUGAGAAAGACAAGAAAAAAUAUGAUUUUCCUGUUCUGCCUGAUUUCUUUCGCAGAAAAACAUUUUACCUGUCUUCUGACCUAUCUGAAUCUGAGAAAAGCACUCUUAAGAGAUACAUAAUAGCAUAUGCAGGGGAGAUUAAGACAUAUAAGAACAACUCAAUCAGUUAUGUAAUAACCAAUAAUAAAUCUGAAGUAGAGGCGGGAUCAAGACAUGUUUUUGUCACGCCAAAGUGGGUGUGGGAAUGUAAUGACCAACAAAGACUGGUAUCUCCAAUUUUGUAUGGACCUAAUUAACUUAUUACUAAACAUAUGGAAUAUUGUUGAGUAUAAUUAUGAUUUUUUUUUACUCUCAAGUACAGAAAUCAUUAAAUGAAGUUACACUAAAUUA